CACGGGGGGAUACGCGAUACAUACCUCACACACGUCUUCGUCCCUCCAGCCUGUCCCGGUCCCCCGCCUCUUUAACUCCGCAUCAUCUCAUUCCCAUCCGCCUCUCGUCUCUCUCGUCCCCCCACCCCCGUGUCCAUAGAAAUUCUAUUCUUUGGUUGAUUGAUUCUUUAUUAUCAUUUUUUUUCUCUUCUACCUCUCAGAGGAGGAGAGGAGAUUUGGAGAAUAAUCAACGUGCAUUGCGCAGUUUCACACUCCCACGAUCCUCUCCAGGGCCGCCGCAAUGCGCGUCCUCGCCGUGGUCCUGCUCGCCGCGGCGUGCGCGGCGGCUGCGGCGGCGGCGGAGCUGCCGGAGUUCCGGGAGGCGCCGGCGUUCCGCAACGGAGCGGGGUGCGCGGGCGCGCCGACGAUCCAAAUCGCCAUGACGCUGGACGCCACCUACCUCCGGGGCUCCCUCGCCGGCGUCCUCUCCGUGCUUCGCCACGCCGCCUGCCCGGAGUCCAUCGCCUUCCACUUCGUCGCCUCCUCGGCCUCCCCCGCGCGCCGCCUCGCGGCGCUGCGGCGGGCCCUCGCCGCGGCUUUCCCCACGCUCCCGGCGACCGUCCACCGCUUCGACGCGCGCCUCGUCAGGGGCAAGAUCUCCACCUCCGUCCGCCGCGCCCUCGACCAGCCCCUUAAUUACGCGCGCAUCUACCUUGCCGACCUCCUCCCGCGCUCCGUCUCCCGCGUCCUGUACCUCGACUCCGACCUCCUCGUCGUCGACGACGUCGCCCGCCUCUGGGCCACUGACCUCGGCCCCGACGCAGCCCUCGCCGCACCAGAGUAUUGCCACGCCAACUUCACCUCCUACUUCACCGACGCGUUCUGGAGUCAUCCCGAGUACUCCUCCAUCUUCACCAACCGGGCGCGCGUCCCGUGCUACUUCAACACCGGCGUCAUGGUCAUCGACCUGGACAGGUGGCGAGACGGCGGGUACACCGCGAAGCUGGAGUACUGGAUGGAGGUGCAGAAGCAGGAGGCCAGGAUAUACGAGCUAGGGUCACUACCGCCGUUCCUCCUGGUGUUCGCUGGCGAGGUGAAGGCCGUGGAGCACCGGUGGAACCAGCACGGGCUCGGCGGGGACAACGUCGCGGGGCAGUGCCGGGAGCUUCACCCCGGGCCAGUGAGCCUUCUGCACUGGAGCGGCAAGGGGAAGCCGUGGCUUAGGCUCGACGCCGGCAGGCCGUGCCCGCUCGACGCGCUCUGGGCGCCCUACGACCUGCUCCGCCGCCGCGGCGCUCGCGACGACCUUCUCGCCGCCGUUGCCUGACAAUGCGGGGUCCGCAUCGCUGGAGCGAUCGGUUUGUUCGAGUUCAGAUCGGUGGUCUCGCGGCUCUCGUCGCGAGGUAGGUGUCGGCGCUGGGGCACUGACACUCCGGCCCGCUUGGCCUCCACGGAUGGGCCAACAUGGCUGAGGUUUGAGUGGCCCUGUCGGUACUGACACCCGGGCCCACAUGUUGGUGACGGAUGGCAAGAUUUUGUUCGGAGGGGGAGCUGACGACGCAUCGAUGGGUUGUGUACAGCUGUCACGUUUUUUUUUUGCCUGUUUGAGGGAAUAGACUAUCAGGUAUUCACAUUCCAUUCGUUUUUAGACGGGGUUAAAAAUUCGUUGUCGAUGUAUUCCAUAAUAAAAUACGCAACCAAAAUGUAUUACCAAAGGAAUAUUUUUUGGUAUGUUUGGAACUAGGGUUAUACACUUGUACUACUAGUAGUAGAUCAGAUGUUCAGUGGAAGCAGGAGAUGUUGCUAUUGGGAAACGGGAUAAAGCUUGGUGUAAAUGUAAACACUCCGUUUGUUAAUUGUUUUCGAGAACAGCUAAUUGGAUGUC